UCCCAACUGCAAAUACAGCAGGACUGUCAUUGUGCUGGUAGCUGUGACUUUUAUUUUGCAGAAGAAAUUGCUAUUUGUGUUUAACACUUCAUUACAGUCUUACUGGAACUCUGCUCAAAGAUAGUCAUAACUAUUAAGCCAGUUUGACUUCUCAGUUCAGCAUAGUACCCUUUUUAUCAAAAGAUGCCUGCUCAAUGGACUGGAUUUUAAAAACACUGAGAUCUUUGGGUGUGACAAGAAGCCAUCCCCAAAGGUAGCUUGGCAGCCAGGAAGCGGGGGUGUAAUUUUUCCCCUAUCCUUAAUUUUCCAGGCUCCCAGCAUAUAAUCAGAGUGGUAGAAAUUAUAUACUGAUCUAAUGUUUGGAGUUCUUUUAAUAGUUCCAUUUUUAUUUUAGGCAAAAUGGGUCUGUGAUAGAGACCUGGCUGAUAGACAUCUUUCAGGUACUUUGUGCUUUAGGGGAAUACGGAUCCUUUAGGAUCUUUGAUGAAUUACUUUACCUGGUCCUGUGUUGCAUCUUGUCAUGCCAGGGUUCACUUGGUUGGGAAACAAGAGAGGAACAGUGCCCUCCUGUCACUAGGAUUCCUAAGGAAUUCAGGAAGUCAUAACUGUUGAACAGGGAGAAGCCUGACAUUGGCACAGGAAUGCAGAGGGUAAUCACUUCCGCAGGCAGGGCCUGUUUAUUCUACCACCUUAUGGCUGGUGGACACUGGGCGUGGUGGGCACGCUUGCCUAAGUACCUGUUGCUGAAUACUGCAACUGCCAGAGCCAAGCUAAAAAGGCAGUAACCUGAAACCAGUCCUGUUGGUUUUCCUUCUGUUGCCUGAAGCUAAAAUCUGCAUUCUAAAUGAAACCUGCAGGGAAACAGAAGAAAGCAUUAAAAAAAAAAAAAAGUUUAAGAGCAGUAAAUUAACGGCUUUGAAAGUUGUGGGCAUUUUGAGAUGAUCUCUUUUCUUUUCAUUUUAAUUUUGUUUCUUAGCGUAGAGCUUUGUAAGUGGCUAUUGAAGUGGGCCACUGCCAGUUCUUUGGCUUGUCUGAUCACAGUCCAGGAGAACUCACAGAAGGCAGUAUUCAGUCAUUUUUUGCUGAUUCACUUCUGAAUCCCUUGGGCUGGACUGAGGGUGGUUGAGGGCUGUCAGUGCCGGCUCAGCACUUCCAGUAACCUUAACUUGCUCACCAAUGAGGAAGUUGAAUGCAACCAGGAGAAGCGCAAGCUCUGGGGCGGAGCUCCUCCUGAAGUCCCGGGCUGGGAUUACUUACUGGCCAACGACAAAAAGCCUUUUGUCCUGGGAAAUAAAUACGGAAGUCCCAGAAGAGCAGCCUCCCCUGCUGUGUGUAGUAAGGUGCGCAGCUUGUGCUGCCUCUGGGCACAGAGCUCCACAGGCGGUUCAUAGUUGCCCUAGACACCCUGCCUGUCGUCGGGCAAACCGGAAGGGAGGGCACAGUGACCUGAAAGAGACCAAGUGUGUUCAGAGCUGCUGAGAGACUGGCUCCCUCCCUCCUCCUGUUGUUCCCUGUCCUGUAAGUUAAGAGCAGAUGGAGUGGAUAAACUGAGAGCGUGGGGAAAGUAACUCAAGUCAGAACUUCCACCAAGGGCACUGCAGAGGCAUGGAGGAGGCUGGUAGCUCUCUAAAUGGCAGUGAUGUGUUGGAGCCAGAAAAACCAGAAGCUGGACUUGAAGUGGCUCAGUCGAUCCUGAGUAAGUUCUCUAUGAAAUCCCUGUUUGGAUUUACAAGUAAAUUGGAAUCUGUGAAGCCUGAAGAGGAUGAUGCUGUGCUGAAAGCUUUCCACAGUUUAGAUGUCACACAGCAAGAUGAACUCAGCAAUGGUUUGGAUCUUCAGGAGGAGGAGAGUCCAGUUCCACCUGAGUUUAAAAAUGAUGGGGAUACUGCCAGGAGGGAGACAGAAUUGGGGGAAAAUCACCAGGAAGCAGAAGCCGGGACUUCCCUCCAUGGUCAAGAGCAUCUUGCACUUACUGCUUUGAGCAUGGGCAAAGAGGAUGUCUUUUGGGUCCGUGGGACCCUUGUGCACACGACCAGCGACACUGACUCUGAUGAUGGUGACCAGGAGCUGGAAGAAGGAGGCCACACCAGUGACCCUAAGUCUUCCAAUGUUGUUUUGACUGAGUCAUCUCAACAGCCCAAAGAAAAAUUAGGAGACUCUAGGGAAAUCAUUGCUACUGGGGAAAUGGAUGGUUCAGAGCUGUGUGCAGAAGGUCCUGAAAGGACUCCAACUGGGAUUAGUGCCCUAGAACCUGGAGAUGGUAGCCUUCAGAUGGAGCACAGCUUCAUCCCAGGCCAUGCAGGCGAAGGGUCCCAAGACCCACCUACAGCAACACACCAGAAUUUGAGUACUGGUGCCACUGAGCCCAUGUCUUCUAGAAGAGAAGUUCUUGGAGAGAAGUCAUUCCAGCUUCCAGCUUUUUUCAGUGGGCUUCGUGUGCUGAAGAAGGGGGCAGUGGAGGUGAAGGAAACCACCAUCACUGAAAUUAAACCAAAGGAUGGAGACCUGGCUUUGCUCAAGUUGACCCAGCCUGUUCAGAAGUCUCUGGUGCAGGCAGAGCCACGGGCAGUGAAAAGCAGUGAGAGAACAACUGACCCGAAGGCCACUCCCACUCUCCUGGAGCAGCUCUCUCAGCUGCUCAGCAUUGACAUGCCCAAAGCUGAAUCCAAGGCAGCAGACCCCGAGUCACCCAGGGGCGGAGAGAUAGGCUGCAGUGCUGACCAGGAGGGCCAGUAUGGCUCUGGAGAUGCUCAAAGCCAGAGUGGUGAGGUCAAACCCAAGCCCCCAGAGACUGCGCUGGAGGCCUUUAAAGCCUUAUUCAUCCGUCCCCCCAAAAAGGGGACCACAGCUGACACUUCUGAACUGGAAGCUCUCAAGCGCAAGAUGAGACAUGAGAAGGAGUCACUAAGAGCUGUGUUUGAACGGUCCAAGUCAAGGCCAGCAGAUGGUCCCUCCGACUCCAAAACCCCUGACCAGAGCCCCACAGAGCCAGACGACAGGACUCCUGGCAGACUCCAAGCUGUCUGGCCACCCCCAAAGACAAAAGAUGCAGAAGAGAAAGUGGGACUGAAGUACACUGAAGCAGAACACCAAGCUGCUAUUUUACACUUGAAGAGAGAACACAAAGAAGAAAUUGAAACCCUUCAGGCUCAGUUUGAACUGCAGGCCUUUCACAUCCGGGGUGAACAUGCAGCCACUACAGCGCGGUUGGAGGAAACCAUCGAAAACCUCAAGCUCGAGUUAGAACAGCGGCUGCGAGGAGGGCGCGAGGAGCUACGCGACGCCUGUGUCUGCACCGACGACUGCCCUCCGAAGGCCUACAGAAAUGUGUGCAUCCAGACGGACAGAGAGUCCUUCCUCAAACCCUGCGAGGGCGAGAGCAAGGCCACCAGAAGCAACCAGAUAGUGCCCAAAAAGCUGAACAUCUGCUCUCUGAGCCAGCUCUCCCCCACAAAUGACAGCAAGGACAUCCCCGCGCCGCUUCCCAGUGGGGAAGGCGCCUCACCCGCUCACCCCAAGACUGCGCCCCCUCCUGCCCCGCCCCCGCCGCCCCCACCCCUGCCCAUCCCUCCGCCUCCACCCCUGCCGCCUGGACCCCCCGCACCGGCUCCGAGUGCUGGCUCUCCACCGCCCCCUCCGCCGCCUCCACCGCCCCUGCCUCCAAGCGCUGGGCCUCUGCCGCCGCCCCCUCCUCCGCCGCUUCCUAACGCCCAGGCCCUGCUCGGCGGCGGGGGGCCGCCUCCUGCCCCAGCACCCCCGGGACUUGCACCUCCACCUCCGCCUGGACUCUUCUUUGGACUCAGCUCUUCUUCCAGCCAGUACCCUCGAAAACCAGCCAUUGAGCCCAGUCUCCCCAUGAAGCCUUUGUAUUGGACUAGAAUACAAAUAAGUGAUAGCCAAAAUGCUGCACCAACAUUAUGGGAUUCCUUAGAAGAGCCUGACAUUCAAGACACUAGUGAAUUUGAAUAUUUAUUCUCCAAAGUCACAACUCCACAGAAGAAAAAGCCUCUCUCAGAGACCUAUGCAGAAAAAAACAAGGUCAAAAAGAUCAUCAAGCUAUUAGAUGGAAAACGAUCUCAAGCUGUGGGAAUUUUGAUAUCUAGUUUACAUUUAGAAAUGAAGGAUAUUCAGCAGGCCAUUUUUAAUGUGGAUGACUCUGUGGUUGAUCUGGAGACCCUAGAGGCCUUAUAUGAAAACAGAGCCCAAGAGAAUGAAUUGGUUAAAAUAAGAAAGUAUUAUGAGACAUCUAAAGAAGAAGAAUUGAAGCUGCUGGAUAAACCUGAACAAUUUUUGCAUGAGUUAGCCCAGAUCCCUAAUUUUGCUGAGCGUGCCCAAUGCAUCAUCUUUAGAUCUGUCUUUGCUGAAGGUGUCACCUCUUUGCACCGGAAGGUAGAGAUCGUCACACAAGCCUCUAAAGGCUUGCUGCACAUGAAGAGUGUGAAAGAUAUCUUAGCUCUCAUUCUGGCUUUUGGAAAUUAUAUGAAUGGAGGAAACAGGACUCGGGGUCAAGCAGAUGGAUACAGCUUAGAAAUCCUGCCGAAACUCAAGGACGUCAAAAGUCGGGAUAAUGGAAUUAAUCUGGUGGACUAUGUUGUGAAAUAUUACCUGCGUUACUAUGAUCAGGAAGCUGGAACAGACAAGAGUAUUUUCCCUCUGCCUGAACCCCAAGAUUUCUUUCUGGCCUCCCAAGUCAAGUUUGAAGAUCUCAUAGAAGACUUGAGAAAACUGAAGAAGCAACUAGAAGCAAGUGAGAAACAGAUGAUGGUGGUGUGCAGGGAGUCCCCGAAGGAGUAUCUCCAGCCUUUCAAGAACAAGCUAGAGGAGUUCUUCCAGAAAGCCAAAAAGGAGCAUAAAAUGGAAGAAAGUCACUUAGAGAAUGCACAGAAGAGUUUUCAAACAACUGUGGGGUAUUUCGGAAUGAAGCCCAAGGCUGGCGAGAAGGAGAUCACACCCAGCUAUGUGUUUAUGGUGUGGUACGAGUUCUGCAGUGACUUCAAGACAAUAUGGAAGCGAGAGAGUAAAAACAUAUCAAAAGAAAGAUUGAAAAUGGCGCAAGCUUCAGUCAGCAAAUUGACAUCAGAGAAGAAAGUGGAAACAAAAAAAAUCAAUCCCACAGCUAGUCUGAAAGAAAGACUGCGUCAGAAAGAAGCCAGUGUGACCACAAACUAAGAUGGAGAUACAGGAAAAUGAUGGGGUGCAGAUAGAGGACCCUGCAUCCUUAUCCACGACCUCAGUGCUGCAGGAAACACUUGAAAGAUUUCUCAUUAAAUGUUUGCUUUGUUCAUUUCUUUUUGAGGGCAUCUACGGUAAAGGCACUAUGUCUUCUUGUAAGAAGUCCCUUAUUAAGCCCCAGGAACAGUGAGAAGCUAUUUAAGGGAACACUGAGGAAUAUUUGUUAAUUGUUUCUUGUACCUAGUCCAAACUCCACUAGAAGAUGGGAAGAAAUACCAGGAUUAAAAAAAAACACUAAGGGUUAGAUUUCAGGCUUUGUAAGCCACACUCUGGUAUGUAUAACCCUGCUAUGGAAAGGAAAAGUUCUUCCGUGACAGUUGCCUUGGGAGACUCUGAGCCUUGGUUUUUACAUGUUACUAUUUCAGUUAUUGUUCUUAAUUUUUAUCCUAUUGCACCAAACUCUAAUAGCUUCUCUCUGGUCAAAAACAUUGGAACCUACCACAACUAUUUUUGGAGAGGCUUAAGACUGUAUUUUGUAGAGGAGGGCAAUGAUUUGCUUGUUAUUGUUUGUGUAAUGAAAAAGAAAUAAAAUACACUUCUAUGUAGGUGAACAGUUUAUAAGUAACUAUCAACUUCAUUGUGGAAGAUAUUAAGAGUUAACAGCCACUGAGAGACACCUAUUCUUUUGUUUUUCUGUCAGUUCCUGUGGCUUCCUGGGGCUGUAGAAACUCUGCCUUCCCCCAGAACAAAAGCAGUAAUAAUUGAGAAGGGACAACCUUGGGGUCAGACCACCCACUUGGACAGGUAACUCGUAGGCAGAGCCCCUUUCAUGGUUCAGAAAUCUUGUGACUGGGAAGUGCCGUCUUGACAUGCAGCUCAAUUCUACAUCGCCUUCUGGACUUGAGGCUGGACCUCUCCCACUACCUCUGGAAGCAGUUUCCAGUCCCAUUACUGGCUGCCUUUUGUCAUGGCCAUGAUGAACAGGCAUGUAGAGCAGGUGAGCCAGAGGUAUUUGCUGUCAGAACAUGUAAUGGCAGGGGAAAGACGUUCUUCACAGAAAAGUAAACAGCAGUGAUUCUAUUACUAUUAAACUUGGAAUGGAGUAGCAGGCACAAGUAGCUUUUUCUGAUCCUGGCUCUUGAGUCACAGAGGAAAAUCACCUUCAACUUCUUCCUGACAUUUUUUCCCUCAAACCAGCAAUCUGUCUUUACAUGUUUCUAUUUGUAACAUGUCAAACAUUAAAAUUUGAGGAAAACAAAAACAAAAAAUGACACUAAGAAAUUCUUAUUGUCACGCCACUCCUGCUGGUGUGGUACAAAAGAAAAGUUCCAGUUUGGCCCAUUCAGUGAAAAUCUGUGUGGUCAGCACAGUGAGCUCCGGUCAGCUCCUCUAGGUCCCUACAAGACUGACAAAAGUAGCAGGGGUGAGAGUGCUCAGUGGAAUCGUGCUGUCUGCAGCAGGCCUCUUAAGUGGGACGCUCCUGAAAUGCCAUGGAGGUGUCCCAUGCCCUUAAGGACACCACCUCAGUGACCCAGGGAUGAAUCAUAACUGAUGGAAGCAUUAAUUUGAGAGUUAGAGAAAUACAGUCCACUUGGUAUUUCAUUCUAGAGAACAGACUAAAAAUGUUCUGUAAAAUAUCCUUUUCUGAAGGACAGAUUUAUAUACUCUGCAGGGGAGGCAGAGUGGCCUUGUCUCAUUAAUUGAAUGUCUUAUAUAAGUGUGUUAAGAAACCUUGGCAGAAUCUCCCUCACUCUCUCCCAGUUUGAACCCCAUCCUGUAUCUAGGAUGCCCCUCUACAAAGCCACCGCUGUGAACACAGCCUUCAUUUCUGACUUAAAUUCAUGCUAAAUAAAGAUUAACUGUUAAAGUUAAAAAUUAACUUUAAAGCUUGUUCCAGGCAGGCCAUCUAAAACAACCUGCAGACCUUUAAAAUGGUCUGAAAUGCAGUUGAGAUUAUGUUAAAUGCAGCAGAGAUGUCUGCGUUUUUCUCAGAGAACGGGUCAUUGCCGUGGCGCUUGGUAUUUAGGUACUUUAGGUAGGCAGGACUUUGCAGACUGCCCCAGUACCAGCAUUCCCAAACUAGAGAGAAAAAUGAUAAGGAUUACCACCUCAUAUUUAGCCAGACACUCAUGCAUGACUUUCUAGGCAGAUGCUAAGAAACCUCACCUUAUAAUCACCUUUUCUCUUCGUAGCAAAGAUAAUUCUUAAGUCUGAGGGCACAGACUGAUAGCAGUUCAGAUUCUUGCAUGAGCUACUGGGAAUAAUCAUCAAAUAGACAGCUAUAGCAGCUAUAGCACAAAAACAUACAGACCCAUUAGAUAAAAAGCAUCAGACCUCUGAAGUUCAAGUAUCAGGAAGUAUGCUGUAUGUCUCUUAUCCAAGAGAGAGACAGCUCACCUGGAAAAUGAAAACAAAAACAGAAAAUAUGGCCAAGCAGCCUGGAUGGGGUGGCACACACCUAUAAUCCCAACGCUCAAAUGGCUGAGGCAGGAGGAUCAUUGUGAGUUAGAGGCCAGCCUGGGCUACAGAGUGAGUUCAAGGCCAGCCUGAGCUGCAUAGUGAAACCACAUCUCAAAAAGACAAAAAAGAAAAAGAACGUAUGACCAAGUAGAAGGGGUCACCAGUUACGGACAGCCCAGAAUACCAUAAUUACAUUUUACAGAUUAGUUAUUUCACCUAUAGGGACCUGACCACUGAAUGAGUAGACUGAAUAGAGAAGUGAGUUUUCAUUUGUGUCAACUGCUUUGUCCUCUUAUAUAAGGAAAGCUGCAACAUCAUUAAAAGAAAUCCAUGUGGCCACGCUCAUGGAAUUUGAAAAGAAUGGAUAUGCUUUACCAAAAUGCAGAUAAUUGGUGGAUGCAUUUCUAACUAGAGAGAAAAAAUUCAGCUGUUUAGAAAACAUAAUGGUAAGAAAAGCACCUUAAGAAACGUGGCUCAGCACAUCUUUGUCCGUUAGACUCAGGUAACAGUACCCGGAACUCCAGAAGCCGUUGAACUGGCCCAUACUCAAGCUGGGUACACAGCUAUAUGGACGUGACAGGCCCAUUUUGUGUCAUUUUUUAAAAUAUGCAUCAGCUGUUAAAGGCACUGAAUUUUAGCCUCCUAGUUCUUCAUUCAUCUUCCCAAGGAGCCAGGCAUCUACCAAACUCUCCCAGAUGAGUGCUUUGCUUAACAGUAACGUGUUUAAGAGAGUUUUAAUGUCUUACACUGGAAGCCAACUCACAAACUCCCCAAGACUCUCAUUUAUUACAAGACUCGUAACCAAUAACAUGAUGUAAACUUUAUAUUUGGGGAAUCCUGUGUGGUUUACAACUUAGAAAUAUGAUAUUAAAAGGCUGGCUAGCUUUUAAGACACUAUGAGUUUUUUGUCAACAGAGACCUCAAGAAAGCAAAUCAAGUCUCAUGCAGUAGGUCUGCCUUCCACAGAUGGGACUGACUGGAUGGCAUAUUUUAUCAAUUACUGGUCUGUGGAAGACUGAUUUAAUCUUAGUUUUUACAUGAAAGUGAUAGAUGAAGCCACCAAUCUAUUCUACAGUCUACCUAUGCGCUAAUAAUGUCCUAAUUUUUAAAUCUUCUCUUCAAUAUAGAGAAAAUCCAAAGGCUAAUAAUCCAACUAAUUCUCUGAGGUUUUCUUUUUAAUGAAACUAAAUAGCAUUGGGGUAGCAAAAUGCAAUAAUCUCAUAAAAUUAGGCUGAAAUUGAUAACCAAAGAAGUUGACAUCAAUUAGAUAACCUCUGUCCCAUAGACCUCUGAGUUCACAGGUAUGUGACUGUCUACCCCAAGGCAUGGAUAAGAGAUGUUCUGGAAAGAAUUACCCUCUGGAAAUUCUUGGGGUAGAUUUUGAAUUCUAGUUUAUUUCCAUGAGAUCUAUAAAAAGGAGGAUAUGGCAUACAAAAUUGUACUCCUUAAUAAGGAAUGAAAAAGAUAUUUAAAAUCUUUGUAUGUUCAAUAUAGUUCUGUGAACUAUAAAUAGCUCUUUUUCAUCUUUGUUAUCAACUUGUCCCUGGAUAUGAUUGUAUUUUUUCCAUCUAUCUGGCUACCAAUGCAUAAAGAAGAUAAGUUCAAUUGAAAUAUACCCCUAUAAAGGUAGAAUCUUUAAAAUUAGAAAUUGGAUUCUUUUUAAAGAAUCUUUAGAGAAAGAAUGUCACUGAGUCAUCUGAGUUUCUGUCCUUACAUUGUAAUUUAGACUAGUGUGGGGAGCACAGUUUCUUGAACACUGAUUUAGAGGAUCAUUCCUUGGCCUGGAAAAUAAGCAUUGUCCUGCUUGCCUAGACCCUAAGUGAAAUCAGUCAGCAUCCUAAUGUGCAUCAGAUGUGCCAGAAAUGUAAAUUUUUGAGUCCUUAGGAGUCUGAUUUUCUUAGUGACAACUUGGACCUUGGACGCUGCUUUGUAAAAUGCAUUUGCUCUGUAUGAUUGUCUUCAUCAGUCUCGUGAGAUUUCAAGCGAAGGAAGAAGGGAGUAAGCAGAAAGCAGAAGGGAAGAAACUUUGAACAAAACUAGUUUGAACAAAACAGCAUUUUAUUAGUGUCGUGCAUUCUGUUAGAAAGCUGUUGCUUUUUGUCUUCGUUGUAUCAUGGACAGGUUUCUAAUGGGAAUUCAAGUAACCUUGUGUUAGGCAAAGGGAAGUGCCCGAUAUAUUAUAUUGUCCAGUGCCAGAUAUUAAAUUAGUGAAGCAGGUACCCCAGUAGUACUGGUCCGCACUUGGUUUGAUAACUGCGUGGAUGUCACAUUCUUCCAUGUGGCUGCGUGUCCACAGACCUCCAUGUUGUUUCUAUGCAAGUCAGUGCUUAACUUCAUACCUUUCCUCCUUUUAGUACUUACGUUUCAGCCUCCCCUCGGCUCACGUGCUACAGAUCUUCUCUCCUGACCGUGUCUUUACAGUUUCUGCCGGAUCCAGGCUCUUUUCUCCUCCCUGCAUCAUAGACACGGAAUGUCUCCUUCUACCCUUACUCCGCCCUCUCACACCGCUGUUCCCCUGCUCAGUCUUUAGGACGGGGAGCUACCCUGUCACCAAGGAGCCCUAGUGAGACACACACCUGCGACUGCCUCUUGUUAAUGUCAGCACCACCUCAUCACUUAGCAAAGGGAAAAUCCAUAAAAGAGGAGGAAAAAUGCAUUUUUUUCCAUUUUAUUCUGCUUUUAAAAAGUUGGGGUGAGUGAGAGUGGUGCUAGUCCUCAGUUCUCAUAGGUUUUGCUUUAAAACUCUAAUUAGAAGACUUUUUGAUUCAUGUAUACAUCAGUUCAGGUUACCAGCUACAAUAUGUAAGACUAAAUUUUUGACUCAACUCAGUAUGCUGCUGAACAAACUGACUUCUUCUCAAACAUUUUUAAUCAUAAUGCUUUUUACCGCCACUGUGUUCUCAUUACUACUCAUCAUUACAGCAUCUACCCCUCAUCUGAAUCAGGAUGCUGACCCUGUGUGUUAUUUUCAGAUUAACAAUCACAUUCUUUAAAGCACUUGAGGAAAAUGUAAGCGCGUCCCUAAGUAGUCCCCUAUUUGACUUGAUAAAACCUUGGCCUUUCUGUUUAAUUAUUAGGUCAGUUUGUAAAGUAACUCUAAGGGAUUUUAAGCAAUAAUGAAGACAAUCUGGGAAAGAAGGCACUUUAAAGACAUGAAACCUUACAUUACAUGCUCUUGGAUAUUAUGAAACAUAAGCUAAUUGGAUUCAGGUAUUUUUCCCUUAAAAUUUUUAAAAAUAUGUAUUUCUAAUUUGUUUGCAUAUUUAAUUUUGUCAGAGCUGAGAAAUGCUCGUGAGUUGAACUUGUAAAUGUUAUUUGCAACCAAAUGAAGUAUUUAUUUUUAAAAAGAAAGGGUGAUGGAACCAAUAUUGAUUUGUACAUAGUAAAAGUGUGUGUGUGUGUGUAUUUUUUUUUCUCCCUUGACCUUACUUGGUCAGCAUAUGAAGUGUAUUUUUGUACAUAAUACAUAUUGGUUAGAGAAAUGUUGAUUGUUUAUGCAAAGCAUUUUAUCUCUGUGAUAGGUUAUAUUUAUCCUAAUCUAUUGAUACCUCUGUUAAUUUGUUUUAAGAGAUAGAACUAUAUUUUUUGGAAUUCACAGAGAAUUGCAUUCAUGGCUUCCAACUGUAAAUAUGCUAAAAUACUUUAAUAAAUCUUGGUUUCAUGUC